AUGGCGGGACCAGACAGCAAACGCAUGUACCUGUCCAUCGUGGCGCAGAAUAUGGAUAAAAUAAAAGCUGAGAAGCCGUACUGGAACAAGAACUUCGUUCCGAUAACAGCAAGCGGUGCGGGGACGAAGUAUACGAUGUUGCAGGCGGCGAUGAUGCUCGACAAGAUGAAAGUAGUCAAGUACCUUGCUGGGCACCCUGCAGUGGACUUCUCUGUGAAAUCCACAGAUAACAAAUCCACUCUAAUGAUUGCUGCCAUCUCACAGAUGCCUGUUUCCGUCCUCGAGAAGAUUCUUGAGAGAUACGACUUGCGGACAAUAAACGAGCUGGAUCCUGCUGGUAACACAGCCCUCGACCUUUGCGAACCAGACACGGAAGAAUACGAUUUUCUCCAGUCUGUUGGCUGCAAGACGAAAGCGGAUCGGGAAGCGACUCUACACGAGUUUCUCGUCAGCGCGGGGAACCACGUCGUACAUCAGCGAGUGCGAAAAAAAGGAGAAGGUGAGAGGCGACCUGCCGAGCAGGCAGAGGCGAAAAGUGGCGCAGGGUCCACACCACAGAAAACGCCGCGGUCAACAGCGUCCGGACGUGAAACGCCGACAGAGCCUGAACGGCGGGGCGCUGAACAGCAAGAUGGAAACCAAAGAGGCACCGAUGCCAACAGUCCAGUAAAACCGGAUGAUGCAGACUGCGCAGUAGAUGAGAUGGACGAAGACCCGUGGCAGUUGGUGGACACGCCGGAGGAUCUCCUGCACCUCCUGCAAGAUUACUUGGAGACUUGGGGAAGUGAAGGAGAUGACGGCGAGCUGUGUCAAGAGUGGGUCGAGUAUGUUACCAAGAAACUGAAAAAGGGUAACGGUGAUCGUGCUGUCCAGAAGUGGAACGCUCUGAUGACGUCAAUGUACGGCGAGGAAAACCUUCGCCAUUAUUCCGCGAACAAGCAUGAGACGGCGAAACAGACCGAAGAGGCAGGUGCACCAGCGAGCGAAGACAAGAGGGAAGCAGAACCGUUGGAAGAAAGCGUCGCUCCACUACCAGCUCAAGACACAGAAAAAAGGCCUGACGCCGAUAUGGGGCGUACGGGCGACGUCCCUCGCCCAGAGGUUCUCAAAAAUUUCUUCGAUCCAACAGCCCCGCCUAUCGAAAUGAAGACGCCGAGGAAGCCGCCUCCGCCAGAUGGUGGCCCACGUGUCGUGGGACUGGGCCUUGACAAAGAAGAGGCGAGGAAACAAGUUGCUGAACUUCUCGGAUCGCCGCGUCCGUCUCUCAGGGAACGUCGGGCCUCUGCGAAAAAAUAA